AUGCAAAGACUACUUAGAACGUCAUUUACUAAGGACAAAACGACACCUUUGCUUAAUGUAAUUGUUCGAUGUAAUAAUCGAUCACUAAUGCGUAAUAGCACCGUUUUAUAUACUUCUUCGAAACUUUUCAGCAGUAGUAUAAGAAACUAUAACAAAAAAGUACUAGAGAGAAUAACAAUCAAUAAGGAUAGUACUAAACAACACCAAAAAGUCGAACCAAUAUCAAAAACAAAUGGCUUCAACUUGAAAUUCUCCACUUGGAAAGCAAGUGUAAUAUUCUUAGCCGUGGGAGCAAGUUUAUAUCUAUAUCUGAGGAGAGAGAAAAGAUUAUUGGAAAUUCAAAAAGAGGCAGAAGCUAACAGAGGUUAUGGAACCCCCUUUAUUGGCGGUCCCUUUAAAUUAACAGAUUUUAACGGUAAUCCAUUCACUGAUCAAGAUUUAUUAGGGAAAUUCACAAUAAUUUAUUUUGGAUUCUCUCAUUGUCCCGAUAUUUGUCCUGAAGAAUUAGACAAGCUUGGCGUUUGGUUAGAUGAUCUAAAGAAACGUCGUGGUAGUGAGCAUGUAAAGAUCCAACCAAUUUUCAUUACGUGUGACCCAAAUAGAGAUACUCCGGAGGUAUUAAAGGCUUAUCUGAAGGAUUUCCAUCCUGAUAUUGUUGGCGUUACGGGGACUUAUGACGAAAUUAAAGAUAUGUGUGCUAAAUAUAAGGCUUUCUUUGCAACUCCAAGGGAGACAAAGAAUCAAGAUUACAUUGUGGAACAUUCGAUCUUUUUUUAUCUAAUGGAUCCUGAAGGCCAAUUCAUUGAUGCAUUGGGUGGAACUUAUGAUGAAAAAUCUGGUGUUGAUAAGAUUGAACAACAUAUUAAAGCUUAUAUUCCAAAGGAAGAACGUGAAAAGUUAAAUAAUAAGUGGUAUUCCUUUUUAUUCAAGUAA